AUGACGUUACAGCCUGGCUCCACACGCAGGGAUGACACAUCCGCGCCGUCGACGCCGACGAAGCUCGCUGCGUCCAUGUCAAAGACGCCCUCCUCUUCUUCCUCGACGGGACCGCGGACACCGACGAGCCAGCACAGCAUCGGGGCCGCCUGGCGAGACUUUGGUGGAGUUCCACCGGCACCGAAGGCACCUUCACGGCGGCUCGUUCUCAGCUCCAGUGGUCGACGGGGAAGACGGGCGCGACAGGAGCAGCAAGACGACGACGACGACGACGACGACGACGACGACGACGUGGAUGACGAUGACGGCAGUCCGACGCCGAGGGCUGCCCGCCGGCUGACGUUUGGCAGGCAGGACGCUGAUCUCGUCAAGGGACCAAGAAGGCAGAGGCAGGUCGACGAGGAUGCACCCCUCCUUCGCCUUGACCUGGAUGGCAGCAGCUCGACGCCUCCGUCGCCGCGAAUCGAGCCGGCCUGGCUUCUGCCCGCCUUUGGCCAGACGGGGAGCGGCGACACAUCGAGGACCUUGACGCCGCCGCCGCCGCCGCUUGACGCUGCACAACUGCCGGAUUUUCAGCAACGCGGGGAUGGUCCAGACCGAGGCCGAGGUCGAGGUCAGAAGAGGCGCCGAGUAAAGACGGGCGACGCUGCAGUCGAGGAGAGGAGUGUUCGACCACGGGCGACGAGGGCCGACACCGCCAACACGAUGACGGCAACGGCAAUCCCGCUCGUGGUGCAGCGAAGCCUGGACCUGACUGGGUGCCAGAGUAGGGCGAGAAGGAGCCUGCGGCGGAGCAUGUCGCUCAGGGACGCCUCUUGCUCAGCAACAGCAGCAGCAGCAGCAGCAGCAGCAGCAGCAUCCGCAUUGGCCCCCGCAAUGACUCGUUCCCAAUCGGCCACGCUCGCCAUCCGGGUCACUGAUCAGCGCAGCCGGUCGCUCUCCACGUCUACGCUGUGUGGGGCUCGUUCGCUGUACGCUGCUGCUCCGCAGUCGGCGCCUCUCUCGCCUCUGGUCAGACCAUCCUCGUCGUCCUCUCCGUCGCCCAUGGACCGCCACCGCGACUACUUUGGCCCUGGCCCCUGGUGGGCCUCGUCGCCAGGCCAUGCACCAAGCUCGCCGCGCGUGUGCUGA